AUGGCUUGGUUUUCUUCUUCACCGUUUGGUCUGUUCGUUUGUAUCCAGACUCUAAGUAUCUGUGUCGUCUAUAGUCGUAGUAACAGUACCAAACCACCACAGCCUUUGCCAGCGAUUUUACCCAAUGUAGGCAGCAUUGAUAAACAUGAACUAUACAAGCAAGAGCAAGAAACUAAACAGUUAAGACCUGCUGGUGUGCACUAUUCAAAGUAUAGAAGCAAACGAGAUUCCGGUGAGGUAGACGAUGAGAUUUAUUCAAAUAAGCGACUCAGGGACUUUGUUGGUAAACGUUCUGAUUCCCAACUGUAUCAAGUAUCACCUCAACUGAAUUUACCUGAGGACGAUACACAUUCCUUGGAAGGCUUCAUGGAUAUCUCUGGGGAAUUCCCUUUUAGAGGUGGUACUUUAGAUGACAGGGUCAACGACGUUGCUGAAACAUUCUGGAUUCCAAAAGAAGACAACAAGCGGCUAAGGGAUUUCGUUGGAAAGCGAUCAAUGAGUGUGACUACGCAUGUCUUGAAUCCUUACGUCAAGCGAUUGAGGGAUUUUGUUGGUAAGAGGGACUUUCAUGCGGUGAAAAGACUGAGAGAUUUUGUAGGAAAACGUGCACCCAGUUUUCAUGGAGAAAGAUUCAACGCUAUUGAUGAAAAUGACAUUGAAAACGAAAAGCGACUGAGGGAUUUUGUAGGAAAAAGAACUUAUCCUGAACACAUAUUGCCAGAGGAAAUUUCGGACGAUGAAAAUCAUAGAUAUAUUAACCUUCUCGAAAAACGACCGCGAGAAUUUGUGGGAAAGCGCAGUGCAAUAGCUGAUUAUUCUAAUAAACGACGCAGAGAUUUUGUUGGCAAACGAAUGUCUUAUUCUCUUAUUUUGCCCUCUACAAAUUUUGAGAAACGCAGUCGCGAGUUUGUUGGUAAACGGGAUGUGUCUGAUAUGAUCAAUACUAAUGAACACGCUUUGCAAUUUGGUGGUUACAGAAACAAUGCAGGGAUGCAUAAUGUGAAAAAAAGAAUACGAGAAUUCAUUGGAAAACGAGAUGUAAAACACGCCAGAGAACUUCUUGGGAAAGGAUCUAUGAGCUUAGGCGGGGAUGAUAGAAUAGAUGUGCAGAAGAAGCUUAGAGACUUUGUUGGGAAGAAAUCUUUGGAUGGAGAUUUUGAAGAAGAAAAGAGAUUACGAGAUUUUGUUGGGAAAAGAACAAUCGCUGGAGAAUUCGAAGAAGACAAAAGAUUACGAGACUUUGUUGGAAAGAGAUUUGUGCACGGAUAUUUUGAAGAAGAAAAGAGAUUACGAGAUUUUGUUGGGAAAAGAACAGUUGACGAAGAGUUUAAUGAAGAUAAGAGAUUACGAGACUUUGUAGGAAAAAGAACUGUUGACAGAGAUAUGGAAGAAAAUAAGAGAUUACGAGAUUUUGUGGGGAAAAGAAAGUUAGAUGGAGAAUUCCAAGAAGAAAAGCGAUUAAGAGACUUUGUCGGGAAAAGAAUUGUCGAUGGAGAAAUUGAGGAAGAUAAAAGAUUACGAGAUUUCGUCGGAAAAAGAACUGUCGACGAAGAAAUUGAAGAAGGAAAGAGGUUAAGAGACUUUAUCGGGAAAAGAACAGCUGACGGAGAAUUCCAAGAAAAUAAGAGAUUACGAGACUUUGUUGGGAAAAGAACGGCGGCAGAAGAUUUUGAAGAAGACAAGAGAUUACGAGAUUUUGUGGGGAAAAGAAUUGUCCUCAACGAAUUGAAUGAAGAUAAAAGAUUGAGAGACUUUGUAGGGAAAAGAACAGUCGAUAAAAAUUUGAAAGAAAAGAGAUUACGAGAUUUUGUUGGAAAGAGAACAGACGGUGGAAAAUUCCAAGAAAUUAAGAGAUUACGAGAUUUUGUUGGAAAACGAUUUCUUAAUGGGGAAAUUAACGCAAGCAAACGAUUGCGAGACUUUGUUGGAAAAAGAUCUGUUAAAGAUAAGAGAUUACGAGAUUUUAUUGGGAAACGGUCGGCAGAUGGAGAAUUUGCAGAAGAUAAAAGAUUACGUGACUUUGUUGGUAAAAGAUCACAGUUGGAAAACGAAUCUUCAGAAUCUCUAUCCGUUUUGAAAAGACUGCGUGACUUCGUAGGUAAAAGGGUAACUUAUGGUGGAGCCAGCUAUCCAGUUAAUGUGAAACGAAUUAGAGAGUUUAUAGGUAGAAGGUGA